AUGGGAGGAGGGCGCAAGACUAAGCAUGGCGCGGAGGUAGCGCCAAUCUUUCACGCCCGCAGGGAGGAGAGCUCCUCACGUGGGGAAGAUGGCCGCGAGGAGGACUCAGAUUCGGCGGCAAGUGACACCAGCCGCACGGCAGCCGCAGCACCUCUUACAAAAGCUGACCUCAGGCACCUGCUGCAGGAGAUCAAAACCAACAUGGCUGCAGAGUUUUUCAGACACCUGACUCCCAUCACUGAAAGCCUAAAUGACCUCACACGCAGAACUACCGCCAUUGAAGACCAGCUGGACCGCACCUCCACGCAGGCACAGACAAAUGAAACUGCCAUCUCAGCACUACAAGACCAGGUACGCCUGCUGGAAGAGGCCCAAGAGGACCUCAACAACCGUUCCCGCCGCAACAAUAUACGAAUUCGCGGGGUGCCAGAGACGGUUGGAAUAGACAUGCUGGCCCCCACUUUGAGAGAGUUUUUCUGCAGCCUACUCCCAGAGGCCUCACCGGCCGAGCUCCUAUUAGACAGAGCCCACAGGGCCCUUAAAGCACCCCUCCCGAACGCAACCCAGCCCAGGGACAUCAUCAUCCGCAUGCACUAUUUCCAUAUAAAAGAAGCGCUGAUGCGAGCGGCGAGAAAUAACCCACUCCAAAUAGAGGGGCAUCAAGUCUGCUUUUAUCAAGAUUUAGCUCCAAGCACGCUACGCAAGAGAAGGGAACUCAGACCCCUAACCUUGGAGCUGGCCAGGAGACACAUAAGAUACACAUGUGGCCACCCCUUCAAGCUACAAGUGAGACAAAACAACCGGGUACACACUCUGUACCAUAUCUCCGAAGCCACAGCAUUCGCGGAACGCCUGGGCCUUCCGGCCAUCAACCUCACCGCCGAACAGCCUGAUAGACGCCCAGCAGGAAGACUUUCUCCAAGGGGCCCAACACUGCACCCGACAAGGGCUCCACCUCCCAGCAGUCCUCACCCUCAACCGGCCACCUAAAGACGUACAGAUGACCGCACCUCUACGACAUGGACCGUCACCUUCCACACGACCCUCACCGAUUCCACGCCGCCAGGACAACCGCAAACACACAGACUACCGGACCCACGGCAUCGCACGCCAGGAGAACACGAACUAUCUGACCACAGGUCGCCCGGAACCAGAUAAGCUAUGA